AUCUGAAGGGGAGAGGAAUCUCUCUCGGUCCCACACCUGUGGACGGUGUGAGAUGGGGUGGGGGUGGUUAGUGGAGAAGAUCCGGGUUCUGAAGUAUAAAACCCUACUCACAGGUUAGACGAAGACGAAGACGAAUACGUAGAAGAAGAAUCAUGGCGGAUCAAUCUACGCCAGUAAGCACCGUUGAUCCCUACGAGCAACUCAGUCUCGUCCGAAACCCAGACGGGACAAUCACCAGAAACUCCCCAGUCCCCGAAGUACCAACCACCGGCGACGGCGUCGAUGCCGACGUGUUCACGAAAGACGUUCCAUUAAAUGCAGCCAACGCCACCUCCGUCAGAAUCUACCGUCCCAGAAGCGCCACCAAGGGUUCCAAAUUACCUGUCAUAAUCUUCUACCACGGUGGUGGUUUCAUCCUCUUCAGAGCUGCUUCUCUACCUUUCCAUGACCUAUGCGUCCGCAUGGCCCUUGAACUCCCCGCCAUCAUCGUCUCCGUCGAUUACCGUCUGGCUCCCGAACACCGCCUCCCCGCGGCAUACGAAGACGGGGUCGAAGCCGUCCAGUGGAUCAAAAAUCAAGCCUCAGAUGAAUCAAACGGGGAGCCUUGGCUGAGAGACUACGUCGAUUUCUCUAAGUGUUUCAUCAUGGGCAGUAGCGCCGGUGGGAAUAUGGUCUACUAUGUUGCCCUUCGGUUAUAUAGUUUGGGAUUAGUUCAACUUCAACCUGUGAAGAUCAGUGGGUUGAUUUUAAACCAACCCUUCUUCGGAGCAGUCCAGAGGACACCAUCGGAAUUGAGAUUGUUAAACGACAAGAUCGUGCCGUUGCCGUCGACGGACUUGAUGUGGGAAUUGUCUUUGCCGAUCGGCACCGACCGUGAUCAUGAAUACUGUAACCCUUUACUGAAAGGGUUGUCGGAAUCGGAGAUUGAAGCUUUGAACAGUCAAGGAUGCUUGGUUUGCAUCGGGGGAGAGGACCCGUUAUUGGAUGGGCAGAAGGAGUUUAUAAAAUUGUUGGAGAAGAGUGGAGUAAAGUUCGUGGAGUUUUAUGAUGAAAAAGCUUACCAUGCUAUUGAACUGUUUGAGCCUGAAAAGGGUCAGGGUCUGUUCAAUGCCAUUAGAGAAUUCAUCUACUGAAAGGUACUGAUUUCGAUCGAUCUAUUACUACUUGGAAUGGUGAUUGGUAUGGUCCAUCAGUUUCAGUUGUGAGAGAGAGAGAUUGGAGACUAAGUUAAGAACCAUAUCUUUGACUCUCUUUACUCUUUCAUUUUUGUUUUUUUGGUUUCCCUUCCUAUCAAGAGUUGUUCUUCGUCUUUGUUCUGUGAGUGUGCUGUACACACCACAAAAAGUCUCAUUAUUAUGCACGAGUGUUGAAAAAGUAAGCUAAUGAUAGUUGGAGACCGUGGACAUGUAUAGCCGUUUCAGUUCGGUUAAUCUGUCCCACCAAUGAGUGAAAAGAAAUAAAUCAAUAAUAUUUUGUUUUGGGAUA